GAAGCCACGUGAUCUCAGCCCCAUCCAGUUAAAAGGAGGUGCUGGGCUCUGACUGCGCUACAGCGGAUUUUUGAGUCCAAUAUCUUCUACAGUAUGUCUGCUGCUCGGCUCUCCGCGGUGGCACAGUCCACCGUGUAUGCCUUCUCCGCGCGCCCGCUGGCGGGCGGGGAGCCCGUGAGCCUGGGCUCCCUGCGGGGCAAGGUGCUGCUCAUUGAGAAUGUCGCGUCCCUCUGAGGCACCACGACCCGGGACUACACCGAAAUGAAUGAUCUGCAGAAGCGUCUGGGGCCUCGUGGCCUGGUGGUGCUCGGUUUCCCGUGCAAUCAGUUCGGACAUCAGGAGAAUGGCAAGAAUGAAGAGAUUCUGAAUUCCCUCAAGUAUGUCCGACCCGGUGGUGGGUUCGAGCCCAACUUUACAUUGUUUGAGAAGUGCGAGGUGAAUGGUGAGAAGGCUCACCCGCUCUUUACCUUCCUGCGGAAUGCCUUGCCAGCACCCAGUGACGAUCCCACUGCGCUCAUGACCGACCCCAAGUACAUCAUUUGGUCCCCGGUGUGCCGCAACGACAUUUCCUGGAACUUUGAGAAGUUCCUGGUAGGUCCAGACGGUGUUCCAGUGCGCAGAUACAGCAGGCGCUUUCGCACCAUCGACAUCGAACCCGAUAUAGAAGCCCUGCUGUCCAAGCAGCCUAGCAACCCCUAAGGCAUUCCUGGUAUCUGGGCUUGGUGAUGGCUGGCUGCCCUCCGGGGGGAGGUUUUUCCAUGACGGUGUUUCCUCUAAAUUUACAUGGAGAAACACCUGAUUUCCAGAAAAAUCCCCUCAGAUGGGCGCUGGUCUCGUCCAUUCCCGAUGCCUUUACGCCUAAAGAAAGGCGGUUUCACCACUAAGAAUAAAGUGCUGAAUGUCAAAGAAC